AUGUCGACCGAGGCGCCUCGAUCCCCCGAUACCGUCUCGAGCAACUCGACACUGCGCGGAGACCACAGGGAAAGAGAUAGAGACAGGGACCACCGGGACCGUCAGGAUGGCAGUCUUGAGCGCAAGUGCACCGUCACCAUCAACGAGUCCUUCGCCCGCGAUGAGAUCCUCGUCAACCUCGACCUGUUCGGCAGCCACAUAAGACCUGGCACUCUGGUGUCUAUCGACAUACUGAAGCCCGAGUUCUCCAAGCAGCUGUCGACUGCGGCCAAGAGAUUGGCCACUCAGGACGCAGGCAAGAACGCCGCGUGCGAACCCGGCCAGCCGACCAAGCGAUACAUCUUCGUGGUCAAGGAUAUGCCAAGAGAACUGAAGGCUAGGUACCCUCACGUCGAGCUGUACGUCGCAAAGCAGAUCGCAGAUGUCUUUGGCAUAAAAAAGGGUUCGCAGGUCAUCCUGGCUCCGGUCGACGAGAACAAUCCGGCAACCGAGGCGUCUCAUGUCGAGUUGACCUUCAAGGACCAGUACCUAUCGCGCGCCGACAUGUGGAGAAUCACCGUUGGAGAGCUUGCUGGCCGCACCGUCUACAAGGGCCAGAUGAUGCUCUUUAUGGGAACCGUCAAGGCCCAGAUCUCGGCCGUAUUUGUUGAUGGACGGAAGGUCCACUCAGCCUUCUUCGGGAAGAACACGAAACCGAUCUUCCGAAGUGAAUCCGGCCGUUACGUGCUCUUCAUCCAGAUGGCCAAGGAGAUGUGGGACUUCGACCCUGACGACUCUGGGGAGAUCAUGUUUAACAAGGUCGUCAACGGGUUCUUGCCCGCCCUGCUCAAGAAAUGGGCGGAUCUCAACGUCAAGCACCUCGUCACUAUCGUAUUGUUUGCACGUGUUGAAUAUGAUACCGGUAUCACGGCCGAGCUUGGCAAUGCCACCUUCCAGAAUGACUACUACACAGGUGUUCAGGAUUGCGGUGACAAGCGGCCCUACAAGGACUUUUACCGGGUCGUAGUAAGCGAGAUGGCCAGCGGCGAAUGGACCAAAAUACUCUACCAGCUCAAGAAGGAGUUCAACCACUUCCGGCGGGACAUUAGCAUACACCACCUGGACGCCCUCAGCUCGGCCCCCAGUCUCGCUGAAGAACCGGGCGCGAAGGCUCCUGCGACCCGUAUCAAGGCUGAAGCGUCAAGAGCUUUGUAUGGGAAUGUGCUCGAAGCCAUUAACCUUGCAUCCUCUUUAUUUGCACAUGACUACAUCGACAGAGACCUAAGGAGGACCGGAAUCUCCGUCGUUGUGAUAUCUCCCGGCCCAGGUGUAUUCGAGGUCGAGUACGAGACCUUGAGACGUACAACCGAGGCCCUUGUCGGCAACGGGAUUGGAAUCGAUCUUAUUUGUGUACCAAAAAUACCUCUCCAUUCUGUACCACUGUUUCGCUACCGCAACCCCGCCAGAUCAGAUGGACACACAGCCAAAUCAAAGCUGAGCUUCAGUCACGGCAGCACACCAAAGCCUUCAACGCCACUGGGUAGCAGCUACCAGAGUCUGACGGGCUCUCUCUCCCCGAACAGGGCCAGCGAUCUCUCCCAUCGAUUCGAGUCAAUGGCCAUGCGCCAAGGGGAGGAUUGGUGUUUUGUCCUCCCCCAGUGGCUGCACGUGUCCUACUGGACUGGCAACUCUGACGACGCCUUGUCCUUUGAAGGCAUUGCUCUGUCUGUGGCCGACCAAUCGAAGCACUCACAAGACCAGUUUCCCAUUCGAUGUCGCAUGUAUGAUUUGCAAAUGAGGAGCGUGCUGGAGACGAACGAAAUCGAGACACUGCCCCUGCACAGCGAUCCUUUCUUUCCACAGAGCAUUUUGCAAGGUAAUGCUGUGCAGCAGACUCGCCUUCGUGACCUGCGAGAACUUGCUGUGAUACCCGCUGAGAAGGUCCACGACCCGCUGCAUGACUACGUCUAUGGCUUUCAGAAAUUUGCGCCUGACAGGCAUGCCAAACCAGGCGAAAAGUCACUUUGGAAGCAGCUGCAUGAGUUUGACGACGCGAGAGCAAGAGUUGUGGCAAAGAGGCGACAACGUCGGACGCCGAGGUUCGCCAGGGAAUUGGAAGACGGAGCGAGGAAGCACCAUCCUGAGGACACAAGUCUUCUUGGUACGUCCGCAGGUGAGCGGAUGGGGUCAAUCAGCACUCCCGCAGUGCCCACAAUUGCCGGCCCGUCUAAUCGCCCAGUGCGCGACGGAUCGGACCAUCGAACACACUCGAGGAAGAGCUCCAACGGCACGGUUGCGAGCACACAGGUGUCCUCCUUCAAGGCGCCGAAAUUCCUCAGGCAGAUUAGUCUUGGUCACAGAGGCUUCGGCAUCGCUGCCCCAAAAGCUGCUACGGCAGAAGUCCAUGUUGAAAAUGCCGUCCCAACCAUGGGCCCUGUCACAGUGACGUCGCCGGCGUUGUCGGCCUCAAAGAUCUCGAUGAAGCCGCGCCGUCCUACUACCCCACAGAGCAUGUCGAGUGGUAGUUCUGGGCCUGGGCCGAAAGAGAUUCCCCGAAGCGUUGCCUUCGAGUCCACCAAGGAUCUUCGCGCGCAGACACCGAGCCGUCCGAUGUUGAUUAAAAGUGCACAACCGUCGACAGAUGUAGUGCCACGAACAUUUGUGAACGAGUCGCUCAUUUCCACCCUCAGACCCUCGAAUUUCCUUCGCGACGACAAUCCUGAGCUCAAGCUUUCCAAUUUACUCAGGAAGAAAGAGAGGACCGAGGAUGUCGAGGAUGCUGCCCAAAUCAAUAAGCUCCUCGCGGGAGACGUACCGGAACUGCCUGCCAUGCUCUCGCCAAAGACUGCCAUGUCGCCUUGGUUGACAAUGAUCAACCCAUCAAAUCCGGACACGGACAAGGUUGACAUGGCCCGGCUGUACAGCCGAUGGCAACACGUCUUUGUUCGUCCUUCAGAAAUGAGAGUUAUGAAGUGGAAGUCACUAUGCUCUCCAGCAGCAGUGCCUCUGACGACGGAGUACUUCCCGACGAAGGAGCAAUUUGACCGUGAAUACCAGCGGCAACCAUACAACAUCGCUCAGGAUUUCGAUGAUGAUGAACUCGCCGAGGAACCAAGGAGCCGAGAAGAAUUCUUGCGGGAACUCAUUAGUCUGCGAUUUUCGCAAGGAUUCCAGGUUGUCAUUGGGCCAGCUGUUGCGAAAGCGUUCGGUCAAAAGCACGUCAAAAUCGGGGACGUGUUUUCGAGAGACCGUGAGAUAGAGGACGGAACCAGCGUCUUCAUGACAGUCGGGAACACAAUCCAUGAACUUUCUUGUGUCAAUGAGACUGAAGUGGAAGUUACCAUUUACGUCCGCAAGCCAACUGAGCCCACCAAACAUUCUGAUGGCUUAGCAGCGAUGUACAGGCCGGCGAUCCGUACCUUGUUGGAUCAAGACUACCAAACAGCCGAGAUCGACAUAAUCACGCCGAAAAUGGAGAGGAACUGGAAUUACAUCGACUCUUUCAUAGCUGGGCACUAUGACGAGAUGUCUGAGAGCCUGAGGUUCUGGCGAGCCCGAUACGUGCUAAUUCCCGUGACCUCUUCAAAAGAUAUGUCGAACCCUCAGUAUGCGGACAAUGAAGAAGAGGUCCGCCUUGAAGGCAUCAGAUACCUGGCACAACAGUGGUUGAGGCACAGGUAUGUGCCGCCGGGCGAGCGUCGGUUCCAACCGCAGGGCCCACGGAAUCGAAAGGACCCAAAUCCGCUUGAUAUCGUCUACAAGACCGAAGAUCCCUCUGUUGUGAUUGCCGCAGAGCUGGAAACCUUGCCACUGCUUGAAAGCUUGGAACCUGGCAAUAGGAAGGGGCAUCUUGUUACAAACAAUGAGCAGUUCAAGAAGUCGAACUUUACGAUUGCAGCUUUGGCAGAAGCAAUGCAGAAGCCUGUGGAAGAGGGCGGCGUCAGGCUUCAGAAUCGGCGAUGGCAUUUCCGUCUACAUUACAACUGCUUCAUCGGAUCCGACAUGACCAACUGGCUGCUUGACAACUUUGAGGACCUCGAGAGUCGGGAGGAGGCCGAGGCUUUGGGCGACAGUCUCAUGGUGGACAAGAGCAAAGAGGAUGAGAAAGAUGGGUCAAAGGAGCCCGGCUUGUUCGUCCACGUUGAAAAACGCCACACAUUCAGGGACGGGCAAUAUUUCUAUCAGAUCAGCAAUGAAUAUGCCAAGCCCCACCCACCAAGCUGGUUCAACAGCGCGAGGCGAAACCUUGCGUCUGUUCCGUCAACACCGAUAGCUGAGAAUCUCCCUCGUGACUCGCCCCGGCCGUUGGCUUUUCAGAGGCCGAGUUCAAUCCACGAGGAGGAUUCAUCAACGUCGAGCGGGACUACUCCUACCAUACCGGCUGCUGAAGGCAGCAGGAGGCGGCCAAGGGUUGCGUUGAGCAAAGUUAUGAAGUACGACGUGGACCCGCGGAAAAGGUCGUAUCGCCCCGAAAGGAUCGACUUACAUUAUGACCGUUUACACAACCCGGAUAAUUGCUACCACAUCCGGAUCGAGUGGAUGAAUACGACAGCCAAGUUGAUCGAGGAUGCCGUGGAGCAGUGGACCCGCGACAUGGCGAGAUUCGGUCUGCGGCUGGUCGAAGUCCCCAUCGCGGAAGCUUGCACCAUCAGUGACAUCAACCCUUUCCGCAGGCCAUAUAUCGUGAAGCUGGCGGUGCCAACUCCGAACCAGCAACCUAUUACCUAUUACGACCCGACAUCCUUCACACCGCAGGCAAAGAUGGAAGAUCACUUCUACCAGAAGGCGAUCCUGAGGAAGCUCGACUUUGUGCUUGACAUGGAGGCAGCGUCAAACUUCCCGAGCAACGUCGAGGUGACCUUCUCGUGGGGCAAGCCCGACUUCAGGUACACGCAGUACAUCCACCGCUCGGGCACGGUCAUCGCACAGAUCACGGAGGAAGGCGACUUCCUGCUCGUCGCCAACAGGAUGUACACCAACCGGGCGGCCAUGGCGGCGCGCGAACGGGAGCUGCGCAGCGAGCAGCAGGCGGCCAUCGACCGCGGGGCCGCUGGGACCGGGUCGGUGCGCGGUCCGCUGGGCGGGGCGUUCACGCCGAUGGGGUUGGCGGGGGCGACGCCGACGUCGUCGCCAAUGAUCCGGCCGGUGGGGGCGUACAGCAGCCCCGUGAUCCGGGCGACGAGCACGGCGUCCAACGUGGACCACCCGUUUGCGGUGCCGCCGGCGUCAGCGCCACGAGGCGCGCCAACGGCGAAUGUGACGGCGUCGAUAGGCACGGAGCCGUCCGGGCUCAAGGCCGAGAUCGAGCGGUUCUGCGGCGACGCGGCCGGGCUGGAGGCGUUCACCGCGAGCAGCCGGCUGCGGCCGACCACCAACGCGUCGUCGGUCACGCCCGGGAUGGGCCCUGUCGUUGCCGACAGCAACAUCCCCACGCUAGGCCUGCCGCCCGCGGUCCUGGCCGCGCAGCAGUCUGGCGACGGGGCCAGGGGAGCAGGGGCAGGAGGAGCCGCGGGGCCAGGGAGCCCCAGCUCUGUCGCCGGGCCGAGGACGAGCAGCCCAGGGAGCAGCAUCAUGGGGGCUGCCAGCCAGCUGCUCAGAAGGGGCAGUGUGCACUCCCAGAUCUGCUUGGCCAGCUUGGCAGGACAGAGGCCAAGAUUUCCAAGAGCUCCCAAGAGCCCCCAAGAGCCGUCCAAGACGGCCAAGCAGGCCAAGCAGGCCAAGCAGGCCAAGCAACUGAUCAAGCUUCGGGCCCAAGACCCCAAGACCUCCCAAGACAAUCCGGCUCGCCCAUCACAUGGGGUCGAAAAGCUUGACUCUGACUGCGGCGGCGCAGCAACGACGACAGUGGAUGUCGCCCUCAUCAAUCGCCCCAUCGUCUGCGGAUCUUCACUCACCGUCCUCGAUGGCCAUGGCUGA